CCAGAGCAGGGCGUCCAGCUUGCCUGGCAGGUCAGAAGCCACGCAGGGCUAGACACCAUGAGCCACACUCAGGAAGCUCGGGGAUUUUCCUUAUCUUCUCGUAAAACCUUCCCUGACUCAAGACACCACGUGACUGGAAGUCAGAAGAGAAACAGGGUGAGGAGGGGGCGACGGGCAAAAUGGACCUCACUCCGAAGGCUGAAGCUCAACUCAGCUCUGCUUCUCUGUGGUUGCCACCAGGUUCCAACCUCUGUCUGGUCCAUAAGAUCCUCUUGGAGAAGAGGCUUCCAGGAAGCAAACAAGGCGACCAUAUCUAGGAUUCAUGCCCCCCGUUUAACAAUGUUCAGUAAAUGUGCAUGAUGUGCCGAGCAUCCAGGGGACACAGAAGUGAAUUUAAGAUCUUCAACGCAAACAGCCUGUGAAGACAAGCACAGUGUCACAAAACAGUGUGCUAAGAGUGAUGACAGAAGAACGCACAUGCAGAAGGGGAGGUUCCUCACGCUGCCUGUGAUCAGGAAGCCUUGAACGCCAGUCUGGCCUGUCACAUAGCCCGUGUAGCCACACCAAGUCUGGAAGGAUGGUUGGAACAGCAAGUCUGGUGGAGGAGCAAGUAGAACGCUCGGAAGUGUGAUGUUGACAGUUGUGAGAAGAGGUAGUCCUGGCUUGGCAUGGCUGGGGAGCAGCAUGGGCGUGGGACACCAGCCUGGAGAAGCAGGCUGGAGGAGGGCUUAGGAGAGCCAAGAGUUGAGCCUUCAUCCUACGGGCAGCAGGAGGACACGGAGGAAUAUUAAGCAGAGGAGAAGUGACGGUGGGAACUGCAGUUUAAAGGGCUCCAACUGGAAAGGCAGGCGGCUCUGGUGCAGAGUGGAUGCAGGGAGGCCUGGUGGGAGUCCGCCGGGAGGAUGUGGGUGCUUGUCAACCACAAGCACUGGAAAGAGGCUGACUUACAAGAAUCAGCUCCUGAAAGGGCCCAGCCAGGCCCAAGGCCAACUUCCACUUUCCUCUGGAUGUUUUCACUUUCGGGGCAUCUUGUUCUGAGUCAGGAUUCCUCCUUCUGAACAUGGGACUUUCCAGAAGGACUGUAGCUCCUUCUUUCUUCCACUUGACCUGGGAUGUUUUGGAUUUUGAGUGUUUUGGAUUUGAAGGAGUCUGCCUUCCUCUCCGAAGUAUGGCUGUGUGGUCCCUGUGGAGUCUGCUUCUCUGGGAAGCACUGCUCCCCCCUGAAGUCACCCACGCCCAAGUACAGGGCCAGGUGGGGGGCUCGGCGCUGCUGGUGGCCAAGCGCCCGUCGGGCUUCCGAGUCCGAGAGGCCAUCUGGAGGUCUCUGUGGCCAGCAGAGGAGCUCCUGGCCACGUUCUUCCGGGGCUCCCCGGAGACUCUGUACCACUCCCGCUUCCUGGGCCGAGCCCAGCUGCACAGCAACCUCAGCCUGGAGCUGCGGCCCCUGGAGCCUGGAGACAGCGGCAACUUCUCCGUGCUGCUGGUGGACACGGCCGGCCGGGCCUGGACCCAGACCCUGCAGCUCAAGGUGUACGAUGCGGUGCCCAGGCCCGUGGUACAAGUGUUCAUUGCUGUAUCAGGGGAUGCCCAGGCCCCCAAGACCUGCCAAGUGUUCCUGUCCUGUUGGGCCCCCAACAUCAGUGACAUAACCUACAGCUGGCGACGGGAGGGGACUAUUGACCUUGGGAUCGAGCCAAGUGGCCUCUUCACGGAUGGCCCAGCACUGAGGGUUUCCCUGGGACCAGAAGACAAAAGCGUGGCCUAUUCCUGCAUUGUCUCGAACCCUGUCAGCUGGGACUUGGCCACAGUCACCCCCUGGGAGAGCUGCCAUCGCGAGGCAGGUCCAGGGAGGACCUCCUACAAAGAUGUACUGCUGGUGGUGCUGCCUGUCUUGCUGCUCCUGAUCCUGGCUGGUGUCUCUGCCUGGCACUGGGGCCCCUGCUCAGGUAGGAAAAAAGAAGGAUGUCUGUGCUGACGAAGUGGCUCCAGAGGCAGCGAACCCCCUUGUGUAGGGUCUGCCACGAUGGAGGAUAUAAACUGAUGCUGGGAUCGUGAGGGAUCCCCCUGCCCAGACACAGGAUGCUCUGGGACGUAGCUGGUGACUGGAAUCCACUGUGGACCUCGUGCCUCCCAUGAGACCCCAGAACCACCUCCCAGGAGCAGCCGGGGCAGCCGUCACACUGGGAGGACAGUGAACAUCCUCUCCCUGCUUUCUCCCCGUGGUGCAUGUCCUGGCUCUGCUCUGAGCAACACGGGCCCAACAGAACAUCCCCUCGAGGACACUGAAGUCCUCUAGGAUCCACAGGGACAUUGAUUGUCCAGGGCACUCACUCCCCCACCGCUGUUUAUGAAGUAUUGUUAUGGACUGAUUCAUCCCCUCCUAACUCCCAAUAUCUCAGAAUAUGCCUGUGUUUGGAGAGGGAGCCUUUAAAAUGAUAAUUAAGGUUAGAUGAGGUCAUUGGGAUGGCCUAAUCCGACAUGUCUGGUGUCCUCAUAAGAAGAAGGCAAGACACCAGGGAGGCAUGCACACACAGGGAAGGGGCCACUGGAGGACAUAAAGAGAAGGAAGCCCUGUGCAGGCCAUGGAGAGAGGCAGGAGAAACCAAACCUGCUGACACCUUGAUCUUGGACUUCCAGCCUCCAGGACUGUAGGAAAAUAAAUUUCUGUGUUUACGUGA